AUGCAAAAAAGGAAUUUGAGAUGCGAGUUAAGAAGGCGGAGCUUAAAGUUGAAGAAAGGCGUUUGGAGGCAACACAACAAGCUCUCCAACAGGAACGCGACGCAGAAGCUGCACACGCAAAAGCUGCACACGCAGAAGCUGCACACGCAGAGGCUGCACACGCAGAGGCUGCACACGCAGAAGCUGCACACGCAGAAGCUGCACACGCAGAGGCUGCACACGCAGAAGCUGCACACGCAGAAGCUGCACACGCAGAAGCUGCACCAUCAGUCAUGUGUAGAGUCAUGA